CGAUUGCUCCCGGAAGUUGUCAAUUUUUGAUUUGCACUUUGCAGCUCUGUGGGUUGAUACAGAUGAUCCCCGAGAUGAACUGAAAUAAAACUUUUGGAGGACACCCAUCUAAGAAUUUAAGCUACCCUUGAACUCAAAAGCUCACCAUUAAUUGAUGUGGACUCUGCAGUCGAAGACUUCGACGGAAUGUGAUCAAAUAUGUCUUAGGUUUCGGAUGCUACAGUAGAUACCUGAUAACAGAACAAUCAUCAAUCCAUGGAUCCUUAGUGAUUCAUGUGCACAUAACAUUACGGUCAUAGCGCACAAUUUUUAUGAAUCUUGGGAAUCUUGCGGUUCAGGCUGUGAUGACAUCAUCCUGCACCGAAUCAGAGAUGAACUGUGUCAUUCAUUGGUUCACCAGUUGGACCACAUUUCAAAGGGCAGACUUUGGAAAAGAACUCCUAAAAAUUGCAGUUCCUGAAAGUGUUGAUAAUUUAUUUGAAGCAAUGGGUACACUAAAUGUAAAUAACAAGCCUCCGAGCAUAUUUAAAUGCCAGCUAAAGCUUUUCUUACAGUGGUUCGACAAUUGGAAUGAAGCAGAACGGAAUAAUUUAAUGAUAAGAAUUCAGCAAUGCGACCCUUCAUUCAUGGCUGAGCUCAAUGCGGAGAUUGCACAAUUAAAGCAGAAUUUAUAGGACACCGAUUUGAAAGCUGAUACUCAAUGAGAAAAUACUAUGAAGGUUUCAUACUUUUCCCGAACUUUCUCUUGAAAUCAUAUUGUUUUGUAUUUGGAGACACAUUUACAUGUAUAACUCUGUAUUCAGUUAAAAAAACAUACAAACAAACCACCUUUCUUUCACCUACAUGUACAAUGACUUGGUACAACACUACAUGUACAAGUAACAUGUACUGUAAGUUGCUUCAAUUUGGCGCUAUUUAAUUUGGCGG